AUGGAAAUCCGCAGCAAUCAGCUGAUCAAGGACCACGAGCUGCGGCGGCGGGACCUCAUGAUCCUGCGCUACGACCGACAGAGGGCGCUGUGUGACGAGAUCAUCAGCCGACAGCGGGACUUCAUACAAGAUAUUGAGUCGGGCCGGAGCCCGAAUGGCGGCGACAUGCCUCCGGAGCUGCAGAAGAUGUACUCGCUCUACCAGCAGGAGCUGCAGGGACCCAGCGCGCAGAGGGAUCAGCGCUUUCUCAACGGACUGAACGAGGUCAUGCGGUCGCCAUCCACGCUCUCCAUGAUGAGCAGCGUCAACCAGGACGGCGGGCGUCUGCCGCCGAUCGGCACCGACCGGGACGAGAAGCUGUUCCAGCACCUGGGGCGAAGGAGCAGCGUGGACUUUGACAACAAGCGGCCGCAGACGCCGCUAAGCCUGCGCAGUCCGAACAGCUCUGUGCCCAGCUCCGCCGCCUCGCCCCUCCGCCUGCCUCCGAUCCGGAUCAGCAGGUCGCCCGACUCGCCACCCUCGUCAGCUGACCGGCGCGAGAUGCGCGACAGCGUGCACGGCAUUCAGUCAGUAGCCGGCAGGCGAAGACGGCGCGGAAGUAGGCGACCAGGGUCCAUGGAUGAGGGCAACACAAGCCGACGCGGCAGCUUCGCUAAUGGGAGCGGAAUGCGUCGCUGGGGCAGCUCGGGUGACCUGGAGUCGGCGACCGGUGCCGGCCGGCGCUCCUCCCUGCUGACCGAGAUGCGGCACGCCGACCGUCGCACCAGGUCCAGCCGGCGCCGCCAGUCGAUGGUGCAGUCGGACGACGAGUUUGACGACUCCCGCCUGCCGUCCGUCCGGCAGGCGGCCGGCGGCCGGCGACGCGCCUCCGUAGCGCGAGACAACGGCGUCAAGACGCUGCCGUCCAUCAACGGCACGCAGACGAGCAGGAGGCGGAGCGUGCGGAAGCGAUCCAAGUCCGAGGAACCGCCAGUCGAUCGGGCGGAUGAUGACGUCACCAUCUCAGCGGAGGGCCAAGAGGGAGCCCGCAGCUUCCUCUGCUGGGGCUUCCUCUGCUGGGGCUUCUUCUGCUGGAGCUUCCUCUGCUGGAGCUUCCUCUGCUGGAGCUUCCUCUGCUGGGGCUUCUUCUGCUGA